AUGGCUUCGACCGGCAACGCGACUGCAGCCGCAAAUGCUCCCUACGUCGCUCGACAACAACCGCCCGAACCGCCCCAACACGGCCACCAGCGUUCCAAGUCCAAUGUGCUAAAGUCAUUCAUCCACCGCCGAAAAGAUUCGGAUGGUACGGCCCUACCGCCCGUUGAUUUACGGGCGCCCGUCCUGCCUCAAGUUCUCACUCGCCCAUCCAUGGACAUGAUGUACACGCCAGACCUCUCGAAACGACCACACGCACUCGGCGAGAUACAAAACACCAGAGUCGAUGGUCCCCCGCUCCGGUUACCCUACAAGCAACCUGAUAGCAGAUCGCGAUCCCAAUCUCCAACAAAAACGACCAGCGCCUUUUCUCUAAAGCCUCCUGCCGCCGACGACGAAGACAAGUUGUCAAGAGAAGGACCCCAAAAAGACCAAGCUUCUCUCCACAAGCCCAAGAAGACAAAAUCGGCCACCAAUCUUGUAGGCAUCCUCAGCCGCCCCAAGACUCUGAAGAACCUGCAUACCAUGGUCAGCGAUGACAGUUACACACGAUCAAAGAAGGACAAAGAAAAUCGCACGCCACCCAGUUCCGUCAGUACCCCCCAGGAACAAUCCCGACCCCCGAUCUACGCGCAAUUCGCUAGCGGAGCAUUGGACAAGCAGGGGCCAGGAACAACUAUGGAUUACUUUAGGCAGGCCAGCGGCGGCAAUGUUGACCGGUCGUCGAGUGACAUUGCUACAGGCUGUGCCAAAAAGGCGCGCCCACAAUCGUACCAUGCUCAGUACGCUCGACCUUCCGACGUCAAGUCGGGUUACAGCAGCAUCAAGGCAACCUCCCCUUCCAAGACUCAGCGAGGCCUGAAAGUCUUGACCAGGGGCUUGCUUGGCUCCAAGUCGGAGGAGUCGCCAGUCGACAAGACCGAGCCCGUAAUCGACCCCAAAGAUAUAGAUAAGCACCUUGAAGCCAUGCUUGAUCGCCGAAACAUACCCGAGAACCAGAGAUACAAGAUGAGAAAUCUUGCCGACACAAUCAAGAUGGAAUUUAUCCGCCAGGAUUGGGCCGAAACCAACAUGGCCCCCGGUCGCCCGAGCAUUAACGAGAGCGACUCUGGAACAAACGACGGCUCUGUUAGAGAGGGUACCAAGGAGAAAAAGUCUCGGGGCAUGACUUUUACUCUCUCCAGAAAUAGCGGCAAGAAGUCUGAAACAAGCUCGCCGACAAAAAAAUCAAGGGGUGAAGGAACACUGGGCAGACAUUUCCGAAGCAGAUCAACCGAUAGUAUCACCAGUGAGCGGCCCUCAUCGUCGGGCUCAGGAUCAGGCGGAGGCAUACUCUCCAAGAUCAAGGCACAACAAGGACCAGCUGACUUUGUGGCAUACCUGCGAAAGGUACAGAAACCAGAGCUGGUCGAGGUUGGAAAGCUUCACAAGUUACGACUACUCUUGCGUAAUGAGACUGUGGCUUGGACAGAUGAGUUUGUCAGGCAGGGCGGCAUGGAGGAAAUUGUUGGCCUUCUCCAUCGCAUUAUGGAUGUUGAGUGGAGAGAGGAACAUGAGGAUGCUCUCCUUCACGAAAACCUAUUGUGCUUGAAGGCUCUUUGCACAACGGGCCUGGCACUGCAGUACCUGCACUCAAUCCAGGCCAAGUUGUUCCCUGCCCUUUUGCAUCUAAUCUUUGAUCCAGAGAAGAAGGGCCCAAGCGAGUUCACCACACGUGGAAUCAUUACGUCUGUCCUCUUCACCUAUAUACAGUCGGCCCCUACCGAAGACCGUGUUGUUCGUGCCAAGACUGUGCUUGGCCACCUUCGUGACCCAGAGCCCAAGGAGGAUGAGCGGCCCGUUGAUUUUGUCCUCGACAUGCGCCGUGAAAGACCCUAUCGUGUCUGGAACAAGGAAGCCGUGAGUGUCACAAAAGAAGUCUUCUGGAUUUUCUUGCAUCACUUGAAUGUUGUUUUCUUGCCCCGAGAGAAGGAGCAGACCGCGGGGAUGCAGCCCAAGGACAGUCUCGCCUACAUGGCGGCACACUUUCCCCAGGAACGACCUCCUGUCCCAGCCGCGCCCUAUGUGGGUGGUGUAGAAUGGGACGCUACCAACUAUCUGGCUUCGCAUCUCGACCUACUCAAUGCUAUCAUGGCCUGUACGCCAACCUUGGAAGAGCGAAACAAGCUGCGUGAACUCUUGCGCAUCUCAGGCUGGGAACGGUGCAUGGGUGGUUCACUACGGCUAUGCAAGGAGAAGUUUUACCCAGGCGUUCACGAUGCUCUCCGAACCUGGGUUGCAGCUGCAUGUGAGGAUGGCUGGGAGGUCAGAGACGUGCGAUAUGGACCGCCCCCCGAGGCAAGAAGUCCUGCCAAGAACAGCCCUAACAAGGUCAAGAAGCAGGCUGAUAUGGCACCACCCCCCAAGAUUGAGAUCCCGAGACUUGAUUUUGCGCUGGAUGCCAUGAGGACCGAUGCAAAGAAGGUGGACGACUGGCUUUCCUAG